AUGCAAACCUCCUCAGGCCAAAAUAGUGUUUCUGGCAACGUAGGGUACAAACCUUCAAAGAAAGUUUGUUUCGGAUUCUGUUUAAUUAUCAUUUUGGGCUUUGUUUUCUAUGCUCAAAGUGGGAUUAAUGCCUCAAAAGAAACAUAUGCUCAAACGAAUACAAACGUUACCUUUUCUAAAGAAUGGCAUUUAGCAAUAAAAAAUACAUCAGUUAAAGACGUUUACCCCAGCAAUAUACGAGACAAAACGUCCAACUUUGAAACAAAUCAUAGUGAGUUUGUAGCAGUGGCUUCCCUUGGUUUAACACAACAAACCCAACAGCCUCAUAGACCCACGCCACUGACCCAGUCAAUAACUGGAACUUUAAACAAGGCCAGGAACACACAGAGUUAUCUCACACUCUCAAAUAAUAACAAAUUUAAUGACAGCCUACACAUUGUUAAACUAUUAUUCAAUGACAAUAAAACCAAUUCUGACACAAGUACGUUGAAGAUGAAAGAAUACGCUCAAUUGUGCCAAAAGACCAAAUAUCUAGAAUGUCCAAUUAAGAAAGUAAAAUCAUUCAACAGCACAUUUCAUAUAUCAGUUGCAAACUGGCCUAGUUGGUUGCCAGUGACGGUAUUUCAAUUUUCUACAUGUAGACACAGCAACUGUGUUUUCCACAAAGCCAUUAGUCAGAGAACGGAUGUCGUCCUUGUACAUGGCGUUGGUCUUGACGACCAGAUGGUACCAGCAAAAAGAUGGCCGCACCAGACGUACGGCUUUGUUGUCUGGGAGCCGCCUGGUGCCAUGUACGCCAAAUUUCUAAAACGAAACGUCUCACUCUGGGACAACUACUUUAACUUCACUGUGUCCUACAGGACUGACUCGGACAUUUUUGUUCCAUACGGCAAGCUAAAGCUGAACCCCAAACCACUGAAAGAAAGACCCAACUAUCUGGAGAUUGCUAAAAAGAAGAACAAAACAGCCGUCUGGUUUGUUAGCAACUGUUACGCACCUUCUAAAAGACUUCAAUACGUUAGAGAAAUGCAGAAAUAUGUAGACAUCGACAUAUUCGGCAAAUGUGGCGUUCAGUGCAAAGGGGAAAAAGUCAACUUGUGUGAGUGGUUACCUGAAAAUUACAAGUUCUACUUGUCAUUUGAGAAUUCGUUUUGUCAGGAUUACGUCACGGAAAAGUUUUUUAAAGUAUUUGAGCCGGACACCCACGUGGUCCCUGUGGUCAGGGGUGGGGUGGACUACGACCAAUCUUUCCCUAACGGCACGUUCAUUAACGCGGCACAUUUCCAGAGCCCCAAAGACUUGGCGUUGUUCUUGAGGCAGCUUGCUUCAAACCUCGAGGCCUAUAGCGAGGUUUUAAAACGUAAACAUGACUACGUCUACUAUUGGGAUUCACAUCUCGAUGUAGCGUGUGGUAUUUGCAAUGCUUUAAAUGAAAACCCAUCACUUAACAAAAGCAUUAACAUUAGACAAUGGUUGAACAAUUAUACUUGCCAAUCUCCUACAGAUAUUUAACAAACUUUU